CACUUGUGAUUAAUUUGCAUACCCACAGACAAACACUUUUCACAGAGCACUGUAAACAUGAGAGUUCUUGAUGCAUAUUAUUUUCUUGGAGAAAAAUGCAUUAUCAAAGAAUCUAAUGAGCGGAGCUUUGUUCAUUAACUGUCUAUUCGGUUCUCAUUAAAGGAUAAUGGCAAAUUCACAGGGAUCAUUUGAAUCUUUGAAUAAAACCUGCAUAUAAAUCAGAGCCAUGUGGUGUACAUGAAGAAUCCUCAUCUGUAAGACUAAAAUGUGCUUCAGAAAGUGUCAAUAGUCUUCUCUACAAUGCAUGUCAUGAGCUCCGUGCUGGAUGAGCUGAUCUAUAAACGUGCUGAAUAUCAAGAGAAUUGCACUCGAAUUCUGAAAGCAACUAUCCCUACUGGAACUGGAAUAUUCUGCAAUGGAUCAUUUGAUGUUUUUGCCUGUUGGCCACAUUCAUCUCCUGGGAUAGUAUCUGUACCUUGUCCGUCCUAUUUACCAUGGAUCAGAGAAGGUAAUUCUGGACAUGUGUACAAGGAAUGCACAAUGAAUGGGACCUGGAAAACUGAGGAGAACUCCAGCACUGAAUGGAGAAAUCAGUCUGAGUGUGAACACCCUCAUUUUUUCAAGUCUGAGGAAGAUGAAGUAUUCCGGCAGUCUGUGUUGAGGGUCCUGUCCAUAGUAGGAUAUUCACUGUCCUUUUCUUCCCUUUCCUUGGCUGUCCUGAUAAUGAGUCUUCUGAGGAAGCUUCACUGUAUGAGGAAUUAUAUCCACAUGAACCUCUUUGUAUCAUUCAUAUUUAGAGCAACGGCAGUAAUAACCAAAGAGAUCAUAUUACAGAUUACGUAUUCUAACCUGCCCAGUGAUGAAAAUGGAUGGAACAGCUACACAAACUCUGUGAUUUCUGUGAUCUGCAAGGCCUCAAAGGUGUCCAUGGAAUAUUUUGUGGGGUGUAAUUACUUUUGGCUUUUGGUGGAGGCAGUAUUCCUGCACACCCUUCUGUUUACUGCAGUGCUGGCCAGGACUAGACUUCUGAAGAGAUACAUGAUUAUUGGAUGGGGUGGGGCCCAUUCUUAUUACAUACACUAUUUGAUGAACAUUUCUCCAUGUUUCUCUGUUAAUUACAUAAUUCAUAUAUUUAAAAAAUAUAUAUAUAUUAAUUUAUUUUCCAACCUUAUUCAACAACAUCAUCCAGGCACUCCAUUAUUGUUUUUGAUGCCCUGGACAGUAGUCAAAGCUUUGUAUGAAAAUGAAGGCUGUUGGUCGAAUAACAUCAGAUGGAUCUGGUGGAUAAUCAGAGGUCCAAUAACAUUAUCAGUGAUUGUCAUUUUUUGCAUUUUUCUCAAAAUCAUCAAACUCUUACUGUCAAAGUUAAAGGCUGACCAGGUGAAGUUCACCGACUACAGAUACAGUUUAGCCAGAGCAACACUUGUGUUGAUUCCUCUGCUUGGGGUCCAUGAGAUUGUCUUUACCAUAAUUAUAGACGAAUCGGUCGAGGGAAGCAACCGCUAUGCUCGAAACUUCGUCCAUCUGACCCUGAGCUCUUUCCAUGGUCUUUUAGUUGCAGUGCUGUACUGCUUUGCUAAUGGAGAGGUCCAGGCUGAGCUGAAGAAGAAGUGGCAGGUAUUUCUUGUUAAAAACCACUUUGAGGUGCACAACUGCUUUGCAGACAUACACCCCAAAUAUUUGUGGAAGUGCUCACAAAAGAACCCCAGACAAACCACAGAAGAGAGCGAAUCGAAUGAGGAAGGAAACUACGCCCCCACCCAGGAACAUGCACUCCAAGUUCCUGUCCAAUCAGCGGAAGAUGUGACUUGUGGGUGGAGCACAGGCCUGGAAUUUUACACAAGGAAGAGCCUCUCCAGCAGUGAUGGGGAAAUGACUUUAGGGGAGACAAUGGAGGAGAUUAUAGAGGAGAGUGAGUUCUAAGAGUGAGCUCACCUGCUUGUGAUUGAUGUUUGUUUAAAUAUGUAAUUUAAAAUGUAGAUGCAGUAUCUACACUUUAACAAUUGUAAAAGCUUCCAUAAUGUUUGAUACCUUUUAUUAUUAUUAUAAUUAUUAUUAUUAUUAUAUACACUCCAUAAUGUAGGUUUAGAAAAUUAUUUGGUGAAUUCACCAUUUCCUUCUAAAAUUAAAAAUGAAUUCAAUGAAGUCAUGAUUUAAUAUAGGACACAAACAAACAAAAUCUUUAUAUCACUCAAAUAUGUGACCUGAGAACCACACCUGUAAGCCCUAUGUUCAAACAGAAAAAAGAGUCAAAGGUGUGGCCCACGCUAUUUUAGCCAAUCAGAAACACUCUCUGUCUGUGAAUGAUUUUGCACACUUAGGUUUGCUGACAUCAGAUUUGUAUGACUGUUACAUACAGUGUUUUUAUUAAAGAGCAAAUGUAUGUGAAGUAUUAAAAGUUGUGGAUUAUUUACAUAGUUUGUGUGUGGUUACACAACACAUGGAUGGUGAUGACGAUAAUACUUAAAAGUGAAUCAAGACUUUUGAUUUGCCAAUGGACUGCUUGUGUCAGUGUAUUUCACUGUAAUAAAAUGUAUAGAUCUAAAGCAUAUCUUAUGAAAAUUAAAUGCAUUCCUGAUGAUGUACAGAAACCAUUUUUAACAUUGUCUGUAACUUUUGAUGUUUUAUACUGUACUGUAUGUAUGU